ACGUCCAAUCGCUAAAAUGUUAUUUGCUCUUGAAAAAUUGUCAGUUACUAAAACAUUCAUAUCAAUAAGUCAAAAGAAAAGAAACGAGACUUUAAUUACGUUUUUACAAACAAUGUUCAUGGAUCCAAAAGUCCUGAAUACCAAUGACUUGCUUGAACCAAGACCUGAUCAAUAUGUGAUGCCAGAACUCUUUUAUGAUUUAAAAUUCCCAUUUUCAUAUUAUUUUAUGAAAAAAAUUAAUGAAUUCAGGACCACAUGGGAAGAUGAACUUACAAAAUUUAGAGAGAAUCCAGAAAACUGUGAUGAUGAUCAAGGACUUUCACAUGACGUUUAUGAAACUGCCGUUAGAGGAUUUAGUGAGAAUGUUAUAGCAUCACUUACGGCUCUCAAUGAUCAAGUUUUUAAAGACUUUUCUGAAUGGUUUUUUGAAGAUUUUAUAACAUUUAUAGUUGCAAAUGAUGCCGAUAAGAAAGAUUCUGAGUUACUUGCUAGAUUAUUACGGCAACAUAUCGGAAAAGAUAAAGUACUCGAUCCAGUUCUUCUUCAUAUCUAUUGGUGGAAAAGUUCUAAUAUUAUAUCGGCAGAUUUACAAUUAGCACAAAUGUGUCCAUCAGCUAUAAAUGAAUUUACGCAGGAAAUGCCAGAUAUUUCAUUUGAGGAAUUUCUUGUCGAUAAAGUUAUAAAAACAAUGCUAGAUAAAAUUGUAAAAAAAGGCGGCGAACCUCAAUUGGAUCAAUGGCAACACGAAGUUGUCAAGAUUUUAUCAUUUAGUGCAAAGAUUUUGAAACCAAAUAAAUUAAGAUCAUAUCAAUUAUUACGAAUUUGCAACGAUAUUGUGUCAUCUAAAUUAAUACAACUAUCGAGUCUUAAGGAAAUUAUAAAAUUGGGACUAGUCUCUGAUGAACAAAAUGUUUUGUCUAAAAAAUUUGUCGAUCACGUAUUAGGCAUCUUAUCCAAGCUUGAAAAAACUGAACAAAACUUAUCUCUGCAAAGAUCGUUUAUAAUGAGAUGUCUUGACACCAUCCCAUUGGAUUCGGUAGUUAGACAACAUCUUUAUAAUAACAUUUUUUCACAAAAGGAUCCUUUUCCACUUAUGGGGUCGAUAAUAAACAAAAUAUUUUGGAAAGAAGAAGAAACUAUUAAUGAACCGUUUCUACGGAUAUUACAAGAUCCAAGAGGGGUUUUACAAGACUCGCCUCGAUUGAAGGUGAUUAAUUCUGCUUUAAAACACAAUAAUUUGGAUUCUUCAAUGGCUACUUUAUGCU